AUGUCAAAACUCAUCGGUCACACAUCCGUCAAUAUCAACAAUGAAUAUAUUUUAAUUUUUGGUGGAUUACUCGAAAGUGCCAAUCAAAACGAAUACUCUGAUCAGUUGAGAGUUUAUGAAAUUUCAUCAGAAUCUUGCAUUCCAAUAAUUUUAUCGGAAGGUGAAAAACCAUCUCCAAGAAAUUUCCAUUCUGCAAUCUCCCAUGAUCACAAAAUGAUUUUAUUUGGUGGUAAAUCGAAUGGAUAUCUAGCUGAUGUUUGGCAAUUCGAAUUUAAUUCAAAGGAAUCUGUUGGAAAAUGGACGAAACUAACAACUGUGAAUGAUCAAGUUAUUUCUCCCAGAUUUGGACAUUCUGCUGAGAUUUACAAAGAUUCCAUGAUUAUAUUUGGUGGAUAUGAUUCUGAUGGAUUUGUUUCCAAUCAAGUUUUCGAAUUAAAUUUGAAAACUUUCGAAUGGAAAUGUCGGUCUUUAAAAAAUAGGAAAAAUAAUGAAAUUUUGGGGAGAUACUUUCAUUCCUCACUGAUUUACAAUAAUUUGUUGAUCAUUUCAGGUGGAAAACAAAGUGGAAAUAUUCCAAUCAAUGACGUUUUACUAAUUGAUUUAGAAAAUUUAUCAGAAUCUGAGUAUCUGAAUUGUAAAAUCAAGAAAAUUCCUCAAAAUAUUUCAAGAUAUGGUCACAAAUCAUGGAUAGAAAACGAUAGGCUAUUCUUGAUUGGUGGUUGUAAUUCAAAUCAUGAUUUUACCACUCUACAUAGUUUAAACCUCUCAGAGAAGAAUGAGUGGAGAGAAGAAAACUUUCAUUUUCUCUCUCGAGUGUUUAAUAAUUCUGAAUUUGGACCUGUUUUCCAUUCAUUGACCAUUUACACACCCCACGAAUUAACCUUUGUGGUUUAUUAUUUUGUCUGGGGAGGAAAAUAUCAACAAUCUAUCUCAAAUAUCAAUGCAAAGGAAAAUAAUGGAAAGUUAUCAAUGCUAAACGAAGACAUUUUUAGAAUGAUUUUGGAAUAUUUACCAGUUCAUGAUCUCAAUAAUGUUCAAUUGAUUGGAAAAGACUGUCAACUUAGUCAACUAAGCAUUGAGGACAAAUUAUGGAAGAAGUUCUUGUUAAGCAAAUCACAAAAUGUGAGCCCACGACGUAGUGGAGUUAAUUAUUACAAUCUUGCUUUACAUUCAAGAACUUUUUAUCAACAAUCCAAAAAUCACAUUAUUGAACUGGGAAGAAUUAAAACCCUCAUUGAAUUUCAAUUCAAGCCAAAACAGGAAAUUUUAAAACAAGACAUUCAACAACUUGUCAAGGAAACUGAAAAUAAUUUACAUGAAUUUAGAAUUACCGUAAUUGGAUCAUCAAAUGUUGGUAAAACCUCAAUGCAAAUAGUACUAGCCAUGAAUGAAUUUCCACAAGAAUACAUCCCAACAGUAUUCGAAAGUGAACAUCCAAUUCCAGUAACUCUCAAAAAUCAAACAUUCACACUCCAAAUGAGAGAUACAGCUGGAGGAUAUGAUUAUGAAAUAAUUAGAUAUUUAUCCUACUCUCCUCCACCAGAUCUUACCAUUGUAGUGUACAGUAUCUACAAUUUAGACAGCUUUCAUCGAGUUAAGGAUACUUUUGUAGAGGAAACAAGACUUCACUCACCAAAAACACCAAUUCUACUGUUGGGAACAAAAUCUGAUUUGAGGAAUUAUAAUCCAGGAGAAAAUUUUUAUUCGAAAGAAAAACCAAGAAUAGUUUCGUAUGAGGAAGGAGAAAAUCUAGCCAGAGAAUUGAAAUGUUUAUCAUUUACAGAAGUUUCUUCAUUGAAAAUGGUGGGAAUUGAAGAAUUGAAAGAAUUGAUUGUAAAGUGCUGUCUUUUACAGGAUUCUCAAGUUUCGAAUAAUGGUAAACCUAAAUGUUUAAUCCAAUAA